AUGCUAUCCUCAACCAUUGAGGUCCGAUUCACAGCCACCCCCUCCGAGAGCUUCACUGCGCGUCCGUGGGCAAUUCCCGGAAACCGAAAGGACCUCUUCACUGCCCUUCGACCCACUGCAAACAUCCUCACUGUUGCGCCGGACGCAGUCUUCAUCAAUGACCUGGACGAUCGCCGUGCCCAGCUGCCUUUCAGCAGAGCCAAGAAAUGGGGACUGGGAGAAGAAACGCGCACAAUUUUUGCGCGAGCGACUGCAGAAGACGGACAACGUUUCUGUCUGCGGUUCAUUUUCAAUGCAGACCGCGUCGUCCGCCAUGGCCACCCGAAUCGUCGUUUCAUAUCAGCGCUCGUUUCGGAUGCCAACUUCUACACCGAGCAUCUGCAAGCUGUUGCGGGAGUGCUUGUGCCGCAUCAUUAUGGCAUGUGGACGAUGAAGACAGGGGGCUGGGCGGGGACAGUGUUGUUUAGCCUGACACAGUGGUGUGGAACGCCGUGGAAAUCGCUAGUGAGAACAAAAGUCAAUACGCGGGCUAACAAACUGCUCAUUGCUCGCACAUUCGAGCUGCUUCACGAUGUGGGCAUCAACGUCAACGGCAGAAUGGGCAGCGAUGUCGACUUGUGCCACGUUCUGUUGGACGUCGACGACCCGCGAGUCACGCUAAAGCGACAACAAGCCGGCCAUGCACGCUGCUACAUCGCCGAUUUCUCUGAGGCAAGCACACACGAAUGCGCUCGCAGGCUGCCCGUGAUUCCAUUCGGCGAAUACCUCGUCAGAUGGCGGCCCUUCGAGUUUUUUGGCUGUCACGAGCUCGUCAACGUGAGCCUCUUGUUGGGUUUCCAGCCGCUCAAGUCUUCCGAUCCUCCAGAGACCCCUGUUGAUGAAGCCCUCCAGUGGUACAAUGCUUAUAGAGAAGCCCACCCCAAGUAUACGAAUGCCGCAACCCUGGUUGCGCAACGCGCCGCGCUCUUUCCCAACUCCUUCCCUCUUUAUCCGGGCCUUGAAGUUGGUGGAGUCAGGCGUGAUGACGUCACCUCUGAGCUUCUUUUGUGGGAUGGCGGUCAAGGCAAGAUACACCCUGAAAAUUUCCAGAUCGCCUGUACCCGCGAGGAUCUCGCGUACAAAUUGUGGGGGCAAUACAUGGCGGCAAGCCCAGCAGCGAUAGCAAUGAAGAAGUCGGACUCCGAUGAAAGUAGCUUGGGCGGGAAUGGUAGUUCGAGUGAAGAGCAUAGUAAUUGA